GCGCCUGGGACGGGGCUGGCUGACUUCAGCCCAGGAAAGAAAACACCAUGUAAAAGAAGAUUAAAACACAUUUUAGUGCGGUCUCCCUGUCAAAUAGCCCCCAGAGUUGCGUGCGGCUCUCUACGGUUGAUAGAGAAAAUAGCGGACGAGCCAAGCAAGUGACAGUGAAAAGAGAUCGAAAGGACGUGGCAGACAGUUAUACCAUGCAGGUGAAUGAUGGCCCCAGCAGUCACCCCAUUUUUGUGGCUCCUGCCAACGGAAAUGCUCAGCGGUCAUCAGGAUAUGUUCCAGGCAGGAUUGUUCCAGUUCGUUCUCCACCCCCAGCCAAGUCUCCUCCGCCACCCCCACUGAAGCCCCCGGUCCCGCCCCCUGCACGACCAUCGGUUUUUAAUCUGUCAGAAGAUGAGAGCAGAAGGGAACGUGCCCAAAACCAGCAGAGGAAGAACACUUAUAUUUGUGUUGGAGUCUUCUUCUGUGUUUUCCUACUGAUUCUCAUAGUCGUCCUCAGUCUUGCCUCUAAAGAUGUGUUGGAUGAGGACUGCCCCCAUCACAACCCUGUGCUGUGCUCCUGGAAACCUGGCCAUGAUCUCAAAAAGGUGGUGGUGGUACGCAGUGGUGAGCAUUAUCGCCUAGAUUCAUCUGCCACCCUGUACUCUAUCACUAUCCAGGCUGGAGGUUCAGUUGUCUUCGCCGAUGAUAGAAAAGGCUCCAAAAACAUUACAUUACGAACACGCCACAUUUUGAUAGAAGAUGGCGGCGCUCUCCAUAUCGGGGCUCCAAAAUGCCGCUAUCGCUCCCUGGCUGCCAUCACCUUGGUCGGCCGAUCGGAUGAAACCGCUGUGACUGAGGUUCCUGGGAUGGGCCGCAAGUUUUUGGGUGUGAAUGCCGGAGGAACUCUCGAGCUCCACGGGUCAGAGAGACUGUCCUGGACCUUCCUCACUCGCACUGUACCUUCUUCAGGUUUGGUUACCGGUGACCAUGGCUUCCAGAAGAACUUCAGCCGUGGAAUUAACCUGCGGGUGGUUGACCAGGACACGGCGGAGGUGGUGUGUAACGAACGUUUCGACACGCACGAUUCUCGUAAUGACAGUAAGAGGCUUAGUCAGCUGCUGAAGUCUCUACCUGCAGGACGCAUUGUUGCACUGGCCACUGGAGAUUCUGCAGUUAAGAGCCUGCUGGAGGAGACCAAAAGAACCAUCCAGGAUCUUCUAGGCAGCAACCAUGUCAAUAAUCUCAAAUACAGGCAGGCAUGGGCCUUGGUUUCAGUAAUUGGUGGAGGAAAUGGUUCUUGCACAGAAGAUGUACGAGAACACGAGAACCAUGACACAGGUGGCAAGGCGCUGGCUCGCAGAGAGUUUGUCACUGUGGAUGGUGUUGGUUUCACUGUUACUGCUUACAGCGAGUGGAAAAAUGGUUACCCAACAACAGGCUUCCAGGUGGAUGCAGUGGAUAAAGUGGUUCUGAACCUGAUGGAUGAGGUUAGCAGCUGGAAACCGGGCGAUCGGAUUGUGGUGGCCAGCACUGAUUACUCCAUGCAUCAGGCAGAGGAAUUCACCCUGCUCCCGUGUCCCCACUGUAACAGGAAACAGGUUCGAAUUCAAGGAAAGCCUCAGUUCACCCAUGUGGGAGAGAUACUGGACGGUGUGGACAUGCGUGCAGAGGUGGCUCUCCUCUCAAGGAAUAUCCUCAUUCAUGGAGAAAUGGAAAACUCCUGCUACGGAAAGAAUUGGUGCCAGUACUUCAGCUACGACACCUUCGGGGGACACAUCAAGAUUUUGGGGAACUUCUCGUCGAUCCACUUGUCUCAGGUGGAGCUGAAACACAUGGGUCAGCAGCAGGAGAAGGGCAGAUACCCUGUGAACUUUCAUAGGUGUGGAGAUGUGGACCAGCGCGGGGGGUACAGUGAUCCAGCAUAUCUAAACUCCCUCUCCAUCCAUCACUCCUUCUCCCGAUGCGUUGGCAUACAUGCCACUAAUGGCUUGCUGGUUAGGGACACGGUUGGCUAUGUUACGCUGGGACAUUGUUUUUUCCUGGAGGACGGGAUUGAACAAAGGAACAUAUUUUUCCAUAACCUUGGCUUGUUGACCAGGCCAGGGACCAUUCUCCCUACCGACCGCAACGAUAGCAUGUGCACAGAAAUGACAGACAGGGUACACAAAGGAUAUGUACCCUCUCCUGCUAACGAGUGCAAGGCAGUAUCUACAUUUUGGAUUGCACACCCCAAUAAUCAUUUGAUCAGUAACUCAGCAGCUGGAUCACAGGAUGCAGGAAUUUGGUACGCUUUCCACAAUUCUUCUACAGGUGAUUCUCAUGGACUGAUUCCAGAGACGAAAGCUGAGCUCACGCCUCUGGGCAUCUUCUUUAACAACCGUGUUCAUUCCAACUUUAAGGCUGGCCUCUUUAUCGAUAGAAAAGUCAAGAGCACCAACGCCACCGCAACAGACCCACGUGAAUACCUCUGUUUGGACAACAGCGCUAGGUUCAGGCCUCAUGAGAACUCUGAUCCAAGCAGGCCACGGGUGGCCGCACUCAUCGACACUCUCAUCUCCUUUAAAAACAAUGAUCUGGGGGCCUGGAUCCGCGGAGGUGACAUAGUCAUACGAAACUCAGGAUUUGCAGACAAUGGUGUUGGACUGUCAUUUGCAAGUGAUGGCAGCUACCCUAAAGAUGAGGGCUCCAGUCAGGAGGUCUCCCAGUCUCUGUUUGUUGGUGAGAGCAGAAAUCGUGGCACCAACGGAGGGCAAAAUAAAUACUGGGGAAUUGGUGGAGUAGACGGAAAGAUGAGAACUCUACCAAGAAACAAGACGUUUCCUAUCCGAGGUUUUCAGAUAAAUGAUGGUCCAGUGAGACUCUUAGACAGCACAUUUCGUGCCUUCAGUCCCACGACCGAGCGCUUCACCAUGGCUGUGGGAUUCAGCCUGAAAAACAUCUGGCAGCUGACACCCAGAAAUAACCUGUCGUCUCUCGCCUUCCAGCCUAGUGUGACUCUAAGAGCAUUUUUUGGCCGACCAGGCGAGUGGUUUGAACAGAAUGAUCUGGACGGUGAUAAAAAUUCCAUCUUUCAUGACUUGGAUGGUUCGAUCAGCAGUUACACAGAUACGUAUGUGGCAAGGGCUGACAACUUCCUGAUCCGCCACCCACAAUGUGUGGAUGUUCCUCAUUGGAAUGGGGUUGUGUGCAGUGGCAAGUACUCUCAGGUGUAUAUACAGUCGCAGGGCGCAUCUAAUCUGAGCCUGUCUAUCAGUAGAGAUGAAUACCCUGAUAAACCCAUGGUUCUCAGAGGCAUCAGAAGCCAGACAGCUCCUUCUCAGCAGUACCAACCUGUACUGAUGAUGGGCAAGAGCUAUACGGUGCACUGGAAUGGACCUGCACCCAGAGAAACAGUCCUGUCACUGAUUAAUUUUGACCAGGGUGAUUGGGCUCUUCUCGGCUUCUGCUACCCCAAUGAAACAGUCUUCCAGAUCACAUCAGACAUCUACAACAAGCAGAACAACAGCUUCGAUGGCAUAGAGGACUAUGGCCCCGUAUCGUCCAUUUCAGACCUAGAGAAACGACAGCAGGAGAGGAAGUACUUUUUCGACAAAUCUGUUGGUUUGUUAUGGCUGUACGCACGAGCUCGGCACAGACGAGAUGGCCAUAGCUACUGCUCCACCGCAGGCUGCGAGAGAGUGAAGAUCAUCGCCACCAUACGUGCCAACCAAAAGACUCAGACCUGCAACUGCACUGCCAAUGCCUACCCCAAAUACAGAAAGCCUGCCAGCAAUAUAGUGCCUAUGCCAAAGCCGAACACAGAGCCCUGCAGAGCCUGUGGGGCCUCACAGUUUGCCUUCUCCAGUGAUCCAUGGAACAGCUACCUCCAAACCCAGAUCAAAUCCCUCAGUGUAAAAGAAGAACAGAGUAAUGACACACAAGCCUUUAUCACUGUGAAUGCAGAGAGGUUUGACCUCAAACAGUCAGGGUUCCUCAUAGUUACUGUGGACGCAUGCUCUGGAAAAGUCACAAAGAGCUCAUUGUUUACGACGCUGGACACUAAAAUGGAACAGUAUUUUAAAACUGGAAUUAUGAAGAGGUCGAUAGUUCUUCUUGCAACAAGAGGUCAGCCUGCUGGCAUUGCUGGUGCUGCACAAUUUCUGGUCCCUUUGGGAUUUGCUAAAACACCAGAUCUUCAGAAGAAAGACGCCAUUGCUUUCUUUGGGUUCCUUGGCCAGGGAGGUCCUUCACCACAGCCAUGGUCUGCUCUGUUGGCCUCCCAAGAUACCAAGGUGCUGGGAUUACAGGAAAGGUUCAUUCCUCUGGCCCUAGAGGAAUACUCUUGUCCACCACAAAAAGGCCCUCCCACAUGGAUGGAUAUUGAACUCCUGAGAAAAUCUCUUAGCCAAAAGUGAGCCUUUACUAGAUGUGAACAAACAACACAACCAGCGAAUGAAUGUGAACUUGUGAACGUAAUUUAUUUCGGCAAAGGAAAGCGCUAGUGGACUUUGAACAAGUAUUUUGUUAAGCAAGUGAAUGUAUUUGUUUGUUUUGUCCUGCGUGGUUGCAUUUUGUCAUAAAUGUUACAGCACAAAGUGAUGCACUUUUUUCAAUACACACCAAACAACUUUAUUUCAAACUGGACAACAAAAGGACAGGACAAGCUAGAAGUACAUCAAACGGCGAUCUUGCAGUUCCGUACCACCUGUGCAGAAGUACAGCACAACACAAUGGUCAUUUGGUGGCCUCUUUUCCUCCUCCAACAAUCUGCUGGUGUAAAUGACUCUCAGAUUUCUUUUUCUGUUAUUUAUUCCUCUUGAUUUAAUUGGACGUACCAUUAUUUAAUUGCGUCAUUUUGGGUUUCACUGCUGCUGGCACAUCAAUGACUAUAGUUUCACUGUUAAGUAUUUGACAGUAUUCAUGUUUCAUUUCAACACGAACAUUAUCUACAGCUAAAUCAUUUUUCAAAAAACAUUGUUUACUGUCAUGUAUGUGUAUGUGGGAAAGGGUGUUUAACCAGUGAAAUGUUGUUAAUUAUCGGGUCUCUUGCCAUUCAACGGACCAAAGAUUUGUAUGACAGGUAUUAACAGAAUGGUUAAACUUAAAAUUAAACAUUCUGUCAUCAUUUAUUCACUUUCAUGUUUUUCCAACCCUGCAUUUCUGUCUAAAGAAUCAAAGCGAAUGGUGACUGAGCCUGUGAUCUAAUUUCAUUUUGUGUUAAAAAGACAUAUUGGUUUGGAACAACAUGAGGGUAAAAAAGACAGAACUUUAUUUUUAGGUGAACUGUCCCUUUAAGAUAAUGCCCUUUAUCUGCCUUUAUAGGGCCAUCACUUCAUUUGAGAGAUGUAACAUCCCAUAUGAAUUGUAUUGUCAUUAUUGUGAUUGAAAUGGAAGCCUGAAUUGCCUGUUUGUGAGGUUUUUGAUUUGGGUUGAAUUAGUUAGGCUAUUUGUUAAUCACUGUACAAUGAGUUUUAUUGGUAGUCUGAAACCGAGAUCAGUUUUGUAAAGUGUUUCUUAAAGGUGAUAAAAGUGUUUCCUCCGUAUAUAGGUGUUAUUUCCUCCAGAAUUUUUUUCAUUCUUAAAAUGCUCUCUUUUUUACUAGUUAUGCUUUUGUGCUGUAAUUCGAUGUUCUGAUUCAGAUAAAAUAUUACAAAGCUUAUAAAACAAAAA